GUUACCUUGACGGCCACCAGGGGGCCCUGGAAGGGCACCCCCGCGGAAACCACGGGGGUUCUGGGUGAAUUGCGAGUGAAGUCGCCCCGGCCCCGGCAGCAGAGCGGCGGCAGCAGCACGCGGCACGUUGACGACAACGACGCCGCCGCCGCCGACGAAGACGACGACGUUGACGACGACGCCGACAACGACGACGACGCCAACGACGGUGAAUUGCGCCAGCCAGCGGAUAACUUCACUUACGAGCCAAGUGGCGGCGGAGCCGCUGCACGGGGCGGCUCAGGGACGAUUUUUACCACGACCGCCGAACGCAUCCGUAUUCCGUCUCGUGGCCUGGACUCUGGGGCGCGAUCCCCGCGAAUGCGCGGGGAGGACGAGGAGGAGGAGGAGGAGGAGGAAGAGGAGGAGGAGGAGCGGAGAAGACUCACGGAGCAGGGUGGCCCGCUGCCCGUCGGCCGCGGUUUUCCGCGCGUGGCAGUCCAAGGCUUAGGCCGGGAACGCCGGCGGCCGCGGCCUCAGGCCCCCGCGACGCCCGCCCGAGGCCGAGGCCCGGCGCGGCGGCCGGCACGGCCUCGGGGGCUCAGGGGCCCGCGGCGCCCGCCUCGCUGGCGGGGAACAGGCAGGCCAGACCUCACCCUCCACAGCACCUGCGGAGCGGGGCGGGGGCUCAGGGCCCCGCGCCCGCGGCGCCCGCCUCGAUGGCGGGGAAGAGGCAGGCCAGCACCCGCACCCUCCACAGCACCUGCGGAGCAGGGCGCGCGGAGGCCACGGCGCCCAGCGCACGCCCACCAGGGUCUUCCGGGCGGCGUCCAGGCGUGGCGAGGAGACCCCCCGAAGGCCGACGACCCCUGGGAGUCGCCGCUGCGGAAAGCAUGCAAAACACCUCGAAGAAGCACGAGCGGAGCCCUGUAGACCCGAUCCUUCUGAUGCACUCUUCGAGCCAGACCGACCUGAGCUUGUCCCGGGGCCCGACACCCGGCGAACACGCCCCUUCUGAGAAAAUCGCAGCGCCCGGAUCUCAGGGCCUGCAUCAUGCCAACUGGUUUUCGGGUCAUACCUCGGCUUUCCGGUGGCCGUUCGGGACGACACGGGCAUCCUCGGAACGCGCUCGGCGAGGCGCCGCGGGCUGACGAAACCUUCCCAACGCCCAGAGCCUCGAACCCGAAUUGGUUCGGGGUCCGUUGCCUCGACUCGCCCUCCUCGGAGCACCGACGACAGGCCGCGUUCCUCCAGGCGGCGGCCCACCAGCAGCGCCCGUGCGGCCUCGCGGGGGUGCAGGCACGCCCACAGACGCGCCGCCGCCGCGCGGAUGCCCGCGGACUCGUCCGCGAGCAGCAGGGGCAGAUCCUCGGCCACGAAGGCGGUUGCCGUCGUCGUCGGGCGGGGGCUCCAGCUGCGGCUGGGGCGGAGCUGCGGGGGCUCCUGCGC